UUUUUUCUUUCUUUUUUUCUUUUGCUUUGGUAACAAUGAGUAAUGAAGAUAUCAUCAAGUUGAAUAUGGGAGGAAGCCAUUUCUGCAUAUCUAAAGAGACAUUAAAGCAAGGUACAUUCUUUAAAAACUUGCUUGAAAAAGGCAACAAGGAAGAAGAAAUCCACAUUGAUCCUAGUCCAGAAUUGUUUGAAGAAAUCCUUGGUUUCUUGCGAAGUUGUGAAAUAUUAAUGGACGACAAAACCGAUCUUUUGGAGCCGAGGCAAGAAGCCAUUUUUUAUGGCUUUCAAGAUAUGAUCAAGAGCAUUGACCAUGCGAUUGACAAUCUUCUUUCUGAACAGCAAAAGAUCUUUGUAGUGAUGGACAUGCGGCAGUUUACUGACUUAUCUAUCUGGACAAGACACCCACGGGUGAUGCUAUUGAUUUAGAGACCAAUAUAUCUGAUCUGUAUGUAGUCAUUGCUACAUUUGAAUUCACUGACCGCAAUGGAAGUAUUCAGU